AUGGUAUUUCAUCUCUUAGAUGGCUCGGCUUGUGACCUUAAUGCUAGACGCAUUUGGGAAGAUAUGCGCAUAAAGGCGCCCAAGGUCUCUUGGCAGCACUUGGUAUGGUUUCCUGGGCGUAUCCCUAAGCACAAUGUCAUCGUAUGGAUGGCCAUGUUGGAUAGGCUUCCUACACGGGUUAGGCUUCUAAAUAUGGGUAUAAGUAUUGAUGAUGAUAAAUGUUUACUGUGUGGCCUUGUGACUGAAUCCAGAGAGCAUUUGUUCUUCGAUUGUAGCUUUGCUAAAGGUUUUUGGGCUACUGUCCUGGUGCUGUGUGGUUUGUCCCGAAUGGUCAGUAGUUGGGAUGGAGAAGUGGCUUGGGCGACCCAUUGUUUCAAAGGUAAAUCUCUCAUAGUGAAAGUGUUCAAGCUUGCUUGGGCGGGUCACGUUUACUGCAUUUGGAGGGAGAGGAACAACAUGUUAUUUAGGGGCAGUGCAAGAUCGGUGGAUGUUGUAUUACAGGAUAUCAAGGAUACUGUUCAGAUUCGGAUAAUGGGGAAGCCAAACAAUAGAGUUGAUUCAAGAAAUAUUGCUCUCUGUACGAGUUGGGGUUUACCUUAA